UGCAUGUUGGGACGAAGAAGGGUCUGUUUUAGUGUUGUCGAAAGUCCUUGAGCGUGAGAUGAAUUCCACUAUCCCUAAAUCUUCCAGUAUCGUUUUGAAACAUUCAAAUUGAACAACAACACUGUGAACAACCGACACCGGUCGUGUGAUAGCUGAAGCUGAGUGGAAAAUGGGAGCCGAUAAAAGGAUUGGUCGGACAGAACGUAGCGGUAGAUAUGGCAAUGACCCGCCCCGCGAUGAAUCCGAAUGGCGCGAUAGAAGAGAGAGGGAUCCCGAGCGUGAUCACAACAUGCGCCGCUGGGGGGAAGAGAGACGGAAUGAUCGUUAUGAGGGUGCAGACCGUCGACCAUCGAGAGACAGUCCAGAGCAAAGAGACCGUAAACGACGCAACAGUGAUAGAUCAGAAGAUGGUUAUCACUCAGAUGGGGACUACCCAGAGCAGGAUUACAGAAGGGAGCCUGGGGAUGAGAGGAAGAGCAAGACAAUCAUGCUCUGGGGUCUGUCUCCUCAUGUCACUGAGGAUGAUAUUCGUUUUGCCAUUGACCAGCUGGAGGGACCCCAGCCAGUGGAUGUCAGGCUGAUGAAGAAAAAAACAGGUAUAAGCCGUGGUUUCGCCUUCGUGGACUUUUAUCACUUGCAAGAUGCUACCCGAUGGAUGGAGACCAAUCAGAAACGUCUGACCAUCCAAGGCAAAAGUGUGGACAUGCACUACAGUCAUCCCAGGAACAAGUAUGAAGACUGGCUCUGCAACACUUGUGGCCUGUACAAUUUCCGGAGGAGGCUGAAGUGCUUCAGGUGUGGAGCAGCCAAAGCUGAAAGUGAAAACAGCGGUAAUACCGGAGUCUCUGAAACUCAAUCCAGUGGCGAUUUCUAUGGCGACACUAUCAUCCUGAGAAAUAUUUCUGCCAUCACAACUGUGGAAGCCAUCAUGACGGCCAUUGCACCAUAUGCUAAUCUUUCAUCGAACAAUAUUCGCCUCAUCAAGGACAAGCAGACGGGCCAGAACAGAGGCUUUGCCUUUGUACAACUUUCCUCUCCACUGGAGGCUUCUCAACUGCUAACCAUCUUACAGGGACUGCAGCCUACUUUAAAACUGGAUGGAAAAACAAUUGGGGUUGAUUAUGCCAAGAGUGCUAGAAAGGAUCUUUUACUACCUGAUGGGAAUCGUGUCAGUGCCUUUUCUGUGGCCAGCACCGCCAUCGCUGCAGCCCAGUGGUCCUCAAGCCAGCAGAGCCAAGAGGGGAUGUCUGAGUACAGCUACUUGCAAGAAGGCUACACUCCAAUGUCACAGGAGUACCAGACGUAUUACCAGCAAGCAGCAGGAGCCAGCACCUCACAGGGAAAUGGAAUUCUAGGAGCUGCGCCAAGUGUGAAGAUGCUUCCGAAUGCAGCUGGAGUAGUGAUCUCACAGGGUGCACAAGUCUACCAACAACACAUGAUCCCACACCCUGCUGUUCAGGGAUUGACACUUGCUCAGCAACUAGAGGGCAAACACCAUACAGGACAUUUCUCAGGCUUUGAAGCUGCAGCGCCUGGAGCCAGUACAAUAACUAGACAGACAGCUGAAGGCAGCACUGCUGCCCCUGAUACAUCCACCUAUCAGUAUGACGAGUCCUCUGGCUACUAUUAUGAUCCUCAGACUGGCCUCUACUAUGACCCAAACACACAUUAUUACUACAACUCUCAGACCCAGCAGUAUCUGUACUGGGACAGUGAGAAGCAGACGUACUUACCUGCCCCUACUGACACAAAUGCUGGACCAAAUGACAAUGCAGCAGGAGGCAAAGAAGGCAAAGACAAAAAGGAAAAGCCCAAAAGCAAGACUGCUCAGCAGAUUGCUAAAGACAUGGAGCGGUGGGCUAAAAGUCUCAACAAGCAGAAAGACAACUUCAGGGGCAGCUAUAAUCCCACUAGUCAAGAAGAGAGGAAGGAAGCCGCAGCUGCUGAUGCUGGCUUCACACUGUUUGAAAAGAAGCAGGCGGGAGGUCUAGAAAGGCUCAUGCCAGAAGUGCUACGGGGCGCUGAGGAAGAGUCACCAACCAGCUCAGCCCAAUCUGCCCAGUCUGCCCAAUCUGCCCACUCUUCCAAGUGUGGCCUUGUGGCAGCCUACAGUGGAGACAGCGAUCCAGAGGAGGGCGGAGCAGAGGCUGAUAGUGACGGAGUCAAUGACAAGCUGACAGAUUGGUCCAAGUUAGCCUGCCUGCUCUGUAGGAGACAGUUUCCUAAUAAAGAGAGUCUAACUCGUCAUCAGCAACUCUCUGACCUCCACAAGAAAAACUUGGAGGUUCACCACAGAUCUAAAAUGACGGAAGCGGAGCUGGAAGAGCUGGAGAGGAAAGAGUCUGAGCUGAAGUACAGAGACCGAGCAGCUGAGAGGAGAGAAAAAUAUGGCAUUCCAGAACCACCGGCACCCAAAAAGAAGAAAUUUAGCCAGCCGGCACCAGUCAUUAACUAUGAGCAGCCCACGAAGGACGGUCUCAACAGUGACAACAUUGGGAACAAAAUGCUGCAGGCCAUGGGCUGGCAGGAGGGAAGGGGACUUGGUCGCAACCAACAGGGCAUCACUGCGCCAAUUGAGGCACAGUUGAGAACGAAAGGAGCCGGGCUCGGCACCAAAGGCACCAACUACACCCUCUCUGCUUCUGACACUUAUAAAGACGCAGUCCGCAAAGCCAUGUUUGCUCGUUUCACUGAGUUGGAAUGAGUUGUUUUUCCCAAACUUUUCAUAUCGCCAUGGCCUGCAGAUGAUUUGCCUAUUCCUGAACUUGAGCUCCACCAUUUCUGCAUUAACAAGGACAACACAAAUGGCACAGAAGCUGAAGAGAUGAUCUCCUUGAAUGAUUUAACUCCUUAUAUGAUCAUGCCUCUUAAUGUCAAGAUCCAAGCAAUAGAAACUCUCUAAUUUAGACAUAUCGAGAAAGUGAAUCACAUAAUUUAUAAGUUGUAUAUAUGCACAGUAAGUUCACAUCCCUAGAUUAGAGUUUUUUUUGCAUUUCCUCUGUUAAGGCCUUUUUUCUCUCAGCAUGUUAAAGAAAUUGUACAGUUUAUACAAAAUCUUCUGUUUGUAAAUAAAAUAAAUUCCAUAAGAGAUUA